AUGGAUGCUGGAAACUCGCAUUUUUCUAGAUCUUUUGCUGUUCACUUAUCCACUUUUUUUUUUCAGCCCAGCCAUAUAUUUUUUCAGCCCAGCCAUAUAUUGCGCGUUUCGGAAUUCAUCCGGCAGUAUCGGCGAUUUGCGGACGAUCUCUCGCCACUGAUCUCGUAUUUCGAAAAAUAUGGGCAGCCUCAUCUGGCGGAAAUUCUCUCGAAAAGCUACGUACAUGAGGAGCGUCCACUGCUCACUGACAGACAAAUCAAUUUCCGAUUGUCAGUGGAAGGAAAUGUGCCGCAUCGACUGUAUAAUUAUGUAGAAAGGAGAGAAUUGAUCAGAGAUUUGGAGGAAGUACUCAUACGGCUUGCAUCUCUCGGUAGGCGCUUCGUAAAGUACGAAAAGUAA